AUGCGAGCAUUCUAUUCAAAACGGCCCUUCCUAACAUCAAGCGACGUUAGAAUCCUCGAGGCCAUCUCAAGACCCCGUUUGUCAAGUGCCUCGAAUACUUGCAGACGUGCCCGUCCGUCGACAUGCAACGAAUCGCUUUCAGUGCGGGCACGAGGUGCGAAAACGAAGGCUUCGCUAAAAGUCCAGGAUCUCCCUCAAGGCGUGAUUGGAAUUGACCCGCUACCCGAAUUGGAGCCAGACGAUGCUCCUCAGUACCCUGCUGUAGUUCAAGGCGCUAAAAAUAACAUGAUCAAGUUUAAUGAUUGUGUUGUUUUGACAAGAGUGGGCAACUUUUACGAGUUGUACUUUGAGCAUGCGGAGCAAUAUGCUCCUCUACUGAACCUGAAAUUAGCCUCCAAGAAAACCAGUGCCGGACCUGUCGCAAUGGCAGGUUUCCCAUUCUUCCAGCUUGAUCGAUUCUUGAAAACGUUGGUUCAGGACCUGAACAAGCAUGUCGCCAUAAGUGAAGAGUUUCCGGUAGCCACCUCCGGUAAGGUCAAGUCCGGUGGUUUGUUGUUCGAUCGUAGGGUUGCCAGAGUAAUCACUCCUGGGACUCUAAUUGAUGAGAAGUUCAUUGACCCCUUUGAAAACAACUUCUUGCUCAGUGUGCAUCCUGGAGCAAUUCAGGCUUCAGCCCAACAAGAUGUCUCGUCGGAAUCCACACAUCAGAAUACACCGGCACAUGCGCAUGGGCAGAAAUUGGGUUUGGCCUGGCUGGAUCUAUCUACUGGGGACUUCUUCACGCAAAUUACCACCCUUGCUCUGUUGCCGUCUGCACUGGCUCGGAUCCGUCCUCGUGAAGUCGUUCUCGAUCCUAUCUGGCAGGCCAAAAAUCGGCCUCUGCUACAAUUAAUCCUUGACCAAGGACACCUUCUGACUACCACACAUCAUUGCGGUAAUUAUAAGACAUCGCUCUCUGAAUGGGAUCACACAUUAGAAACUCCCAUCGAUCCGCAUUCAGAGGCAGCUUUCACUUCAGAAGAGAUGUUUGCAAUACACCAUCUACUGGAUUAUGUCGCAGGUCAGCUGCAAGGUCUGGAGAUGAAGCUGCAGCCGCCUCGACGCAAAGUGCUGCAAGAGACAAUGACCAUCGACCGAAACAGCAUGCGAGGCCUAGAAAUUCUUGAGACUGCUCGUGAUGGAUUAGGCAAAGGGAGCCUUCUUCACGCUGUUCGUAGAACCAGCACAAAAAGUGGAACAAGACUACUUCGUGAUCGUCUUGCCUCUCCUUCAGCAUCUGUACCUGAGAUUGAAGUGCGUCUCGACCUUGUCACUGCGUUCCUGAAUGAUUUGACUUUACGAGAGGAUAUUAUCCACCUCUUGCAGCAUAGCUACGAUGCUCAACGACUUGUGCAAAAAUUUUCCUUGAACAAGGGAGAUGCUGAUGAUCUAAUAUAUCUCGCACGCGCCAUCGAAGCUUCGAAAGCAAUCCAGGUAAGCUUAGAGCAUAAAGUGCAGCAAGAUUAUUCUACGAAUGAAUCGAUCUCUUCGGCGAUACCCGCUCUUUUGGUGCGGUUGGAGCUAGAUGGCCCCACACAGCUCGGUCACCAAAUCCUAGAAACAAUCGAUGAGGACGGACUCAACCAAAAGCAUCGUCUUGAAGAAAGCGAGGCCGCGAGUGUGGCAGCUCUAGCUCAGGAGGUUGCAAUGAGUGACGCUCUGCCGGAAGAGAUUGAGACGAUGCCACAAAAAGUUCGCCAGAACAAGAAGCCGCCUGAAGCAAAGGACCUGGAUUCGGAAUUUGAGGACACCUGGAUGAUGCGAAGAACAGCCAGCGAAUCCCUCAUGCGACUUCACGAAGAUCUAGACAGCCUCAGACACGAAAAGUUCAAUUUGGCACAAGAACUUCGAAACAAGUUAGAAGCCCCCACACUGACUCUGAAAUGGACACCGGGCCUAGGACACAUCUGUCACGUGAGAGGUGCCAGUAAAAUUCCUUUUGAGUCACUAAACGCUCGCGUGGUUUCAUCUACGAAGUCCACAAGAUCUUUCUAUCUGACCUCGUGGUCUCGCCUUGGCAGCAAGAUUGAUCAGGCAAAGAUAUAUAUCAGAAAUGAAGAACAGCGUCUCUUCGCAAGCUUGCGGUCAGAAGUUAUCAGACAGCUUGUCAAACUCCGCCGGAAUGCAGCUGUUCUGGACGAGUUAGACGUGGCCUGUUCUUUUGCCACUCUAGCAGACGAACAGUCUUGGAGCAGACCAAAAUUGAACCCAGGAACCGAACACAAAGUCAUCGGAGGACGUCAUCCAACGGUGAAGCUGGGCCUUGAAGAGCAAGGCAGAACUUUUGUUAGUAAUGAUCUCUUUCUGGGACCCAAAGAGCGAAUCUGGCUGGUGACAGGUCCAAACAUGGCUGGAAAAAGCACCUUCCUUCGACAAAAUGCUCUCAUAUCCAUCCUCGCUCAGGUCGGAUCUUAUGUGCCUGCUGAAUAUGCUGAAAUCGGUAUCGUUGAUCAAGUCUUCAGCCGUAUCGGUGCGGCGGAUGAUCUCUUUCGAGACCAAUCUACAUUCAUGGUUGAAAUGCUGGAGACAGCAGCAAUCCUGCGACACGCUACGCCAAAGUCUUUCGUCAUCAUGGAUGAAGUUGGCAGAGGCACGACGCCCGAAGAUGGUAUAGCAGUCGGAUACGCCUGUCUACAUCACCUAUAUCACAUAAACAUGUGUCGAACCCUGUUUGCAACUCACUUCCAUGCGCUCGCUGAUAUGACUCAAGACUUCCAAAGCCUAGGCAGAUAUUGCACGGAUGUAGUGGAAGAUGGGAACGGGUCAUUCUCAUUCAUCCACCGGUUGAGACAGGGUGUCAACCGUCAGUCUCAUGCCCUGAAAGUUGCACGCCUGGCCGGAAUUCCAGAGAGUGCGAUCGAAGUUGCGACUGGCGUCUUACGAGAUUUCUCAAUGGAACAUCCGGCGCGUCCGACAAGGGACCACCAAGACUUGCGCGAAAAGAACCUCAUAGCGGCCGCAGGAUGA